AGUAAAAACAUUUGAUGACGUCGAUAUACUGCGCCGCGGAAGCUAGCAUCCUAGCUAGCCACGUUAGCUCACAUUUUGAAAGGAGACGGCUGACAACUUCACACCUCAUGUUGGAGGCCGUUUUAUCCCGUUAGAUGGUCCAGCGACCGCCCCGGUGCGAAGUAGUUGUUUGGUUAGCUCUCAACCGGCAGUCGCCAUGGCAGUGGAGGAGGAUUUAUCACCGACCCUUCUGACAGAGGAGAUGAAACACAGCAAUGGCGACUUCGUACCCCCAGAAGGUUUAUGCUGGGUGUCGGUGCUGUCGUGUCUGCUGCUGGCUUGUUCUUAUGUCGGCAGUUUGUACGUGUGGAGGAGCGACCUGCCGAGGGAUCACCCCACUGUGAUAAAGAGACGAUUCACCAGUGUGCUCAUCGUGUCGGGCCUGUCGCCUCUCUUUGUGUGGGCAUGGAGAGAAUUCACAGGCGUCAGGACUGGGCCAUCGUUACUAGCUCUCAUGGGGAUGCGAUUUGAAGGCCUCAUUCCUGCCAUCAUACUUCCUCUGCUGCUCACCAUGGUCCUGUUUCUGGGCCCCCUCAUGCAGCUGGCUAUGGACUGUCCCUGGAGCUUCAUGGAUGGGAUCCGGGUCGCCUUUGACCCCUGGUUCUGGAUGUUGUGUUUCAGCGACAUGCGCUGGCUGAGGAAUCAGGUGGUGGCACCGUUAACAGAGGAGCUGGUGUUCAGGGCCUGCAUGCUGCCCAUGUUGGUCCCCUGUGCUGGUCCUUCCACUGCCAUCUUCACCUGCCCCCUCUUCUUUGGAGUGGCUCACUUCCACCAUGUGAUCGAGCUGCUGAGGUUCAGACAGGGCACGCUGUCAGGGAUCUUCCUCUCUGCUGUGUUCCAGUUCUCCUACACUGCAGUGUUUGGGGCCUACACUGCCUUCAUCUUCAUCAGAACAGGUCACCUGAUGGGUCCGGUGCUCUGCCAUUCCUUCUGCAACUACAUGGGUUUCCCUGCCAUCAGCGCGGCGCUGGAGCAUCCCCACCGCCUCACCGUCCUUUCCUCCUACCUGCUGGGGGUCCUCCUCUUCCUCCUCUUCCUCUUCCCCUUCACUGACCCCUCCUACUAUGGCCUCCCCACACCGGUGUGCACCCUCACCUCCUCCCCCAGCUCUAUCUGCCUCUCCUGAUCCCAGCCCUCAACACACUUCGAUUGACGAAGCAGUUGAGGGUGAUUUUUAUUUUGCCAAGUUAAAAGUUCAGGUCAGGUCCGGUUUGGGCCGACAGCGCUAACAGCCGUGCGGGCUAAGUUGCCAUGGAGAUGAGGGGAAAUCUGUAGCCAUUUUCUAUGGUCUAUAGACCCUUGAUAUGUCGGUGCAUUUACAUGACACACUUUAGUUAAUCAGCUGAUGCUCUUAAUUCUGAGUGACUCAUUUUGAGUAGACAGGGUUGCUGGGAAUGAACCCAAGACACCCAUUCCAGGACAGCCUCUGUAGUCUACGCUGCCACCCUGAUAGGUGGUUUUAGUGUAGUUAAACGCUGAAGAACAAUUCCUCCUCAGAUCCUAUUGAUAGAUCUCAUCAAUUUGUGAUGAAGCGUCAAAAUGUACCUUUUUGGUGUACAAAUUUUCCACUCAGCCUGCCUCAUCUCUUUUAAUGAAUAUGUCUGGUUAUUACAACAUAGGUCUUAUUUUUGUAAUUCUGGCAGUCAUUUCUCUAAGUAAUGAUAAAAUAACCACAUUACUUGUAAGUCAAGUUGGACAGGUUAGUCCAGCUUAUUUGGAAGAGAAAACAUGAGGGCAACAGUCAAAUCAUUACACAAACUGUUCCAUCGUAAGCAUCAAUCCACUUCCUGGUUUGUUCUCACUUUCACUUUGACCUCCACUAAAGUCAUUUAGAUGAUAUGUUAUUAGUUUAUUCACAACCUGUCUAAUCAUUCGACUGCUUGUUUGGCUAAAACUAUGAAAAUAAGACCCAAGUUGUUGAGUAUAUUAGUCUAGUAUUUUGGCUCGGGUUGGGUGCAUUUUGUUGCUUUGGGGCUUGGGUUCAGGUUAAAUUACAUAAAUUGGAUUUUAAAGC